AUGGAGCUUCAGUUAGGUCUGCCCCUCCCCACUCACAAUCCCAUCGAGGGAUUCGACCAUAACAACCCUGCCUUAGUGAAACAAAGUUGUUGUUCUGAAAGCAAGAAGCAUGGCAAAAACAAACGUAGCUACGAAGAGUCCUUUGGACAUUUUUCGAAACCUUUGCCUUUACUAGUUUGGAGCGGACAGCCAAACGAGGAAGAUGACCGCAGUGAAAAGAUGCACACAAACAUUCACACAUCAAACAAGAACAACAAAGAAGAAAACCAUUUGGUGGGGUGGCCACCAAUUAAAUCAUGGAGAAAGAAAGAACUCCAUCAGCAGCAUCCUGCAGGAGGCCAGAUCAGGAACAAUAGGAUGCAAGCUAAUCAAAGUAGAGGAUUAAACUCUUUAUAUGUAAAGGUUAACAUGGAAGGGAUAGCAAUAGGAAGGAAAAUCGAUUUGAGGCUUUACAACUCUUAUCAAACUCUUACAAACACGUUGAUUAGCAUGUUUGCUAAAUACCAAAAAUUUGAGGAAGCAGGAGCAAGCUAUACACUCACCUUUCAAAACGAACAAGGGGAUUGGCUGCUUGCUGGACAUGUUCCAUGGAAAUCCUUCAUAGGUACGGUGCGGCGUUUGGCGAUAUUGAGGAAUUGAAAUGAAACUAUUUGACACGGU